AUGACGGGAUCUAGCAAUCUCGAUAAACCGCACAUCCCGUACCGCCGCGCUUCUCAACUGGCGCCUCCUUCAAGAAGGCCCCGACACUGUGGAGGAGCUCUUCGAGCGGCACACGGCGGCGAAGAUGCAGAACCAGUCAAUCCUCGACGAGGAGGAGGAAGAGCUCCAGAACCGGCGGCGGCUCACCAGAACGUGGUGGGAGGCGCUGCACCUGUACAUGGAUAUCCUAAGAGCCACGCGGUUUUCUCGUGGCCGGACUCCCGCGGGGUACCUUGGAGGGAUGUCCUGAGAGAAAACGCGAGGAUGGAGUUCGAGGAGGCUCGGUUCGAGAAGGAUCCCGAGAUCGUGACGCGCCUGCUAAUCAAUGGCCGGGAUGUCGUGGAGUCAGCUCUGGAGAAGCUCGCCGACAAGCAGCGGCGGGAAAUUGAGAAGGAGCGCGGCGGCGGUGGAGAUGGCGGUGGUGGAUUCGAUAAGUUAUGA